GAAGGACCACGAUAGGAGCCACUCCUAGGUCACGGCCAUCUCCUUAUAUAUCUCCUUUGCCGAGCGACCCAGCCCCCUCUUCGUCCUCCUCGCGCCAGCGCCGCCACCCCUCCGAGCGCCCGAGCCCCAGCAGCAGGUAGGUAAGAAGAAGCAGGGGACGAAAUGGUGAAGCACAACAACGUUAUCCCCAACGGCCACUUCAAGAAGCACUGGCAGAACUAUGUCAAGACCUGGUUCAACCAGCCCGCCCGCAAGCAACGCCGCCGCAUUGCCCGCCAAAAGAAGGCUGUGAAGAUCUUCCCCCGCCCAACAUCUGGUCCUCUUCGCCCCAUCGUCCAAUGCCAGACUCUGAAGUACAACAUGAAGGCAAGAGCUGGGAGAGGCUUCACCCUUGAGGAGCUGAAGGCAGCAGGGAUUCCAAAGAAGCUUGCCCCAACCAUUGGCAUUUCUGUGGACCACCGCCGCAAGAACCGGUCACUUGAGGGUAUGCAGUCUAACGUUCAGAGGCUGAAGACCUACAAGGCCAAGCUGGUCAUCUUCCCAAGGCGUGCUCGCAAGGUCAAGGCUGGUGAUUCUACCCCAGAGGAGCUUGCUACUGCAACCCAGGUCCAGGGUGACUUUAUGCCUAUUGCUCGUGGCGAGAAGCGCUCGGUCGAGGUGGUGAAGGUGACUGACGAGAUGAAGGCGUUCAAGGCCUACGGCAAGCUCCGUGUCGAGAGGAUGAACCAGCGCCAGGUCGGCGCCCGGAUGAAGAAGGCCGCCGAGGCAGAGAAGGACGAGAAGAAGUGAUAAACAUAUCUUGUUUCGUGUUCAUCAGCUAGUGGAUGUUAUCAUCAUCGAGGACUUGUUCUGAAUUUUGUUUUUGUGCUGGAAAUAGAGACCAGCCGAUCGUUGUGAUACCUGUACUUGUUUCUGCAUUCUGCAUGCAGUGGUAUUCUAUGAGCCUAUGGAUUUAUAUGCUAGAGUAUUUCUUGUUAAAUUGAUGACCUAAUACGAUUUAUACCUAAAUUGCAGACUGUCCAUGC